UAGCCUCCACUAGAGAAAGAAAAUAAAAAACAUACCUUCCCUCCAAUUCUUCAUUUCCACUAUUUUUUGUUUUCCUUUUGAAGUUUAGCAUCCCCUCCCUGCCUUCAUCACCAAAUGCAUACAGAUUGGGGUCCAGCUGCUGUUGCAGUGGUGAUGUUUGUAUUAUUGUCCCCAGGGUUGCUAUUUCAAUUGCCAGCGAGGACAAGAGUGAUAGAAUUUGGUAAUAUGUACACCAGUGGCAUAUCGAUUCUAGUUCAUGCGAUUUUGUACUUUUGUAUUUACACCAUCUUGGUUGUAGCUAUUGGUAUUCACAUUCGUACUUGAAUAUUGAUGAUUCUCGCUCCUUCUUAUAUGCUCUAAGGCUUCUUUCCGUUUGUUUUUAUACAUUUUGUUCUUGUUGGAUAUGGCUUAUGGGAUUUACCUAAAUUUUUGGUAUCUCAUAUGUUGUGCACUUAUGGGAUGCUUUUAGGCAUGUAAUAACUUAUUUCAAUGUUUUUUUCGCCAUGUCGAUGUUUAGAAAAUGAAUUUUGUUGAUCCUA